AGUUAUCUGUCAUGGAACCAUCUCAGCCAUCAGCUGAUUCCAGUCAAAGAGAAGAAACCCGUUCAACGAUUCAGGGAACGAAUGAGGAUGGAAGUGAACGAAGUACUUCUAGCAGUAGUUUCCCAGAUGGCAGCCAAAAAGUGCCACCGUCGGUAUUUGCUAAUCACGAUUGCAAAAUCGGACACAAUAUCGACCUCUACAAAGCGUUUAUGCCGGGAGAAACGUGGCAGAAAAGGAUAUCCCGUGUCCUCAGACGCAUGAGUUACCUGGACCAGACGAGUGCCUUGAGUCAGGAAGUGUUCCGAAGUGACACUGCCAUGAAGCGGGAGAUAUCCCGUCACAUCAGCUUCCAUUCUACUACCAUUCAUCCGUUUAGUUAUCUGAGAUUUUGCUGGGAAUGCGUAAUGAUUGCAACGUUUGCUACCGGACUGAUCGUGCUGCCGUACGACAUGGUUUACCUGUACUAUCCGGAUGAGUAUAAAAGUCUGUCCUGGUUUAAUGUGGUUGUCCUGAUGGUUGAUUUGAUCUGUUUGAUCGACAUUUGCUUCACUGUUCGCACCGGACGUUACGAACGGGAGAACCAAAAGGUUAUUCUGGAAGCACGCCAAAUAGCCAACGAAUAUGUCGUUUUCUGGUUCUGGAUUGAUCUGUUCAGUUCUAUACCGGAGUCCUUGUUCUUGCGCUAUAUGGUUUCGGCACCAGUUCAUCACCAUUCGUUUGUCGAUUGCUUGAAGAAACAAGAAGUUCACGUUAGCUGCUUCUGGGACUUCUUGAAGCUCUUGUCGAUAUUGAAAUUGCUCCGGCUGAAAACUUUCCUUCGCUACAUCAAUAACGUAUGCAGACGUUUUAGACUUCGUCGGACGAUAAUGAAGAUAACGACGAUCGGCACGGUCAUCAUCAUUUCGCUACACUGGACCACCUGCAUGAUGUUUCUAGUUCCCCGUCUCGUGCAGGGCACGAACCCGGAGGUGAUCGACCAGCAAUCGUGGACUAUGAAGGAAGGUUUGUGGGAUGAUCCUGCAAACAUUCGUUACGCUCACUCGUUUUUUCGAACAAUUAACUUACUCGGAGGUGUGACGCAUUCGAUUGACAAUUUUAUGACAAAAGAGGACAUUAUUGUAGACAUGAUGGUUACCAUCCUUGGAUAUAUUCUCAAGAUCUACAUUUUAGCGGAGCUCUUGAUUUUCAUUAGGAUUAUGUUCUCCAGUGGAAGCAUGUACCAUGAGCAUCGUCACGAUCUCCAGAACUACAUUGAUCACGAGCAGCUUCCGAAAUUGUUGAAAACUCGAAUGCUGCAGUACUACAACUACCGAAUUGCGAAUCUGUACAGCCGGAAGACUAUGAUCAAUCGAGCUACCGGUGAUCAGUUUGUUCCCAUCAUUCGACAGGAAAGAUGCGGCGUAAUGCUUUUCGAAGUUUCACUUUUUCGGGACACUUUUCCGCCAGAAGUUAUGCAUAAACUGAUGAUGGCUCUGGAGUACCAGCUCUACCUAAAGGAUGAUUUGAUUGUGAGCGCAGACCAAGCCCCCGGAAAUGCCAAAAUGGUUUUGGUGCUGCGAGGCACGGUCGCCAUAUACACUAGUAAUUGGCGCGAAGUUCUUCACCUGGAAGAUGGGGAACACUUUGGCGAAUAUCAGCUAGCUUUGAAUGGUCCCGAAAUGAAAUAUUCCAACAUUGUGGCGGUGGAAACAAGUGAAGUAUACGUGCUAGCGCAAAGUUCUUACAUGGAAAUUCUUUCAAAUUAUCCAGAAAUCCGGGAUCAGAUUUCCAUUUUAGCACGAGAGCGCUACGACAAGUUAGUUACCCUUGAGAAAAAUGUAGUUCUGGAAACUAUCGCCGAAGCGGAAACCAUUCGAAGAACAAAGAAAUUUUAUGACUGAACAAACCUUCCACCACCGGGUGAUCUGAAAAACCAUAUUGCACAAUUCUGCUCAGUAUUUUAUUGAAUAAUUUAUAAAAAAAAAGAAACGACUCUGCGCGUAUCAACUU